AUGGUGACUCCUUUGGUGAAAACGACCAAGAUCAAGAAGAAACCCAACGGGUUCACGCGUUAUCAAUCCGAUACCGCGAAGAGAGUUUCGGUACGUCUCUUUUACUCGCGCAUUACGACGACUCUCGUGGUCGAAUUUCUUCCGCGAAAAAGAAAUGUGGAGACGGAGAGAGCGCGCGAUUUUCCCUCCCUUUUUCGAGUCCGCGAAGCCCUUUGUCCUCGUGGAGUAAAAGUCUUUCUCAAAAUCGUUCGUUUUAAAACAAAUUUUCACUCCUCGCAAACUAACCUCGAUCAUCCUUCUCUCUUUCAACAACAACAGACGUCAUGGAGACGACCGAAAGGUAUUGAUUCUCGCUUCAGACGUAAAUUUAAAGGUUUGCCGUACAUGCCGAACGUCGGCUACGGUACCGCCAAGAAAGCCAAACACGUCUUGCCGAAUGGCUUCUUGAAGUUUGUCGUCAAGAACGUCAAGGACUUGGACCUCUUGUUGAUGCACAACAGAAAAUACUGCGCGGAAAUUGCCCACAACGUCUCUGCGUUGAAGAGAAAAGCUAUCGUCGAGAGAGCGGCGCAAUUGAACGUCUGCGUAGUGAACAAGGACGCGCGCUUGCGCUCCGAAGAAGACGAAUAA